UGCAUGGUGGCAAUGAUGAUGAUGAUGAUGAUGAUGAUGACGGAGGCAGCAGCCAUGCCGAAAGGAAGCGGUUCAUCAAAACACUUAGCAAAGCACCCAGGACACAGGAAGUCCUCUGAUGGUGCAGCGGUAGAAACAGUCCCCCUGCAGCUGGACCCCAAUGCUUUGGUUCCCACCAAAAACCUCAGGCCCCUGGAGAACUCAUCCAUCUCCCCGUGGACAUACAACAUCUCCCACGAUGAGUCUCUGUUCCCUCCAAUGCUGUCGGAGGCUCGUUGUUUGCUGAACGGCUGUCUCGACUCAGAGGGCAGAGAGGACCUGAACUUGGAGUCCAGACCCAUCAUGCACCAGGUGCUGCUGCUGCGCCGCGUCCGGUCGGUGGGCUCAGGGGUGGGGAACAGCUACCACUACCGGCUGGAGUCCCGCCUCAUUGCCGUGGGCUGCACCUGCGUCCGACCCAUCGUCCAACAACAACAAUGAAGACCAGCAGAGGCCAGACCAGCUACUGGGUCAGUCUGAUGCAAAAAGAAUGGAGGACCAGGACCGUCAAAAAAAAGACAAAAAAAAAAUGUAGAAAAGAAAAAUACACAAUAUACAAAUACACAUAGACAAACUUCUGUCAUAUUAUAAAUAUGUACUAUUAACAUUAUUAUAUUAAGCUAAUUUAUAAAGCACAGCAACAAGUUACAAAGUGCUUCUCUAAUAGACCAAUAAAUCACAAAAAAUUAAACAGAGCAAUUUUUUUUCUUCAGAAUUUAGUUUAUUAUUAAAGUAAACACCAAUGUUGCUGUAAUGGAUUUAUUUUGGCAGAGAGAGAGCCAUAAUGGAAAGAAAUCUGACUAAAGGAAAAGCAAGAUGUAGAUUUGGUAGUCGUCUGCAUAGAAUCAAAUAUCGUGCUUUGAAAUCCUGAACCGAAAAUGUAAAAUGUGGCUGAAGAAUAAUAGGACCAAAUUCAUAUCCCUCAUUACUGUGAUUGUAAGUCACAAUUGUUUGUUAGUCCAGAACUUUAGAAUUAAGACAUCAUACUGGCCAGUAACUCCAGCUUUUCAUAUUUAAUUUGAUUGGAUGUGAGGUGAAGGUCUUCCUCAGUGAGUUUGAAUAUUUAUUUAUGUCGCCUACAUGCUGCUCUGUGAUCCGCUGGAUGUCAGAUUCAAUUAUUUGAUUUAAUUUUUCCUUUAAAUGUUUUGCAUUUUCUUGAAUUUUUGUGUUUACAUUUGUCAUUUGUCUCUAACUACACAGUGGAGCUAAAGUUAAAAAAGCAAACAGAUUA